AUGCUUCGCAAACUGGAAUCGAACGACAGCAAAGUGGUAACACUAGCUCUCAGGUGGUACCGCGGGGCGGGUAACGCGCUGUCCGGCCCGCCGGCAGAGCUGCAGCUGGGGGACAGGGUGCGACAGGUGGGCGGCAACCUCUACUUCCGGUACGCCCUGCUGGAGGACUCUGGCCGCUACACCUGCCUCGUCAACAACAGCGUCGGCGCCGAGCGCGUCGUCACAGACCUACUCGUCACAGCGCCGCUGUCGGCGUACAUGAGCCCGCAGCUGCAGACGGUGGACGCUGGCCAGGCGGCCAGCCUCAACUGCACCACGGAGGGCCACCCCCAGCUGGCCGUCUCCUGGCUCAAGGACGGCCGACCGCUCGCCACGUCACCGCGCGUCCAGCUGCUCGGCCGACAGGCGCUGAGGAUCCAGUACGUCGAGAGGGAGGAUGCAGGCAUGUAUCAGUGCUUCGUGUCCAACAAUGAAGAGAGCGCUCAGGGUACGGCACAGAUCAACCUCGGAGGCGCGGCGCCGGUGCUGGUGCGCACGUUCAGCGGCGCGACGGUGUCUGCGGGCGCGGCGUGGACCGCGCAGUGCGAGGCGGCGGGCUGGCCGGCGCCGGCCGUGCAGUGGCAGGUGGACGGCGCGCCGCUGCCCGCGGGGGACCCGCGCGUCUCGGCGCCGGCGCCCGCGCCCUCCGCCGCGCAGCCGCGGCCGUCGCUGCUGUCGGAGCUGCGCGUGGCGCGCGUGCGCCCCGACGACGCGGGGGAGUACGCGUGCGUGGCGGCCAACGCGGCCGGCUCGGCGCGCCACGCCGCGCACCUGCGCGUGCUCGGCCCGCCGCACGUGAAGCCCAUGCGCGACCGCGUCGUCGCCGCCGGCAGCGAUGCCGUCUUCGUCUGCCGCGUCGCCGGCUUCCCCAUCAGCGAGAUACGCUGGCUCAAGGACGGAAAGGCUUUACCUGAAAACCAUAGACAUCUUGUGUUUCCAAAUGGCACAUUAGUAAUAAGAAAUAUACACAAGAGUGAUAAUGCUGGAUAUGUGUGUGUGGCUUCCAAUCCUGAUGGCCAAACUUCGAGGAGCAAGCUGAAUGUCCAGGUCAUGGAGGCUCCAGCCAUUGAUCCUAUACCCACGAAAUCUGAUCUUCAAGAGGGUAUGCGCAUACAUCUGAACUGUGUAGUUACCAAAGGGGAUUUUCCAAUUACAUUUCGCUGGCUAAAAGAUGGAUCAGAGAUACCUCCAGCACUAGCUGUGACUGAGAAGAGUCUCGAUGAUUACUCAAGAGCAUUAACAUUCAACAGCCUAUCUGUGCUUCAUUCAGGAAAUUAUACAUGCCAAGCCUCAAAUGCUGUUGCAACAACCAACCACACAACACUGCUGGUAGUAAAUGUACCCCCAUCAUGGAAAGUAGAACCCAAAGAUUCAGAAUCUCUGAUGGGUCAGAAUUUAUUAGUUUCUUGUGCAGCUGAGGGCUCCCCUAAACCUACCAUUAGAUGGACAAGAGAAUCUGGAAUGCCACCAUCAACAUAUGAAGAUCUCAGCCAUACUAUGAACAAUUACAGAAUUCUGGAAAAUGGAAGUCUCUGGAUUCAAAACAUCCAUCCCGAGAACAAAGGAUACUACUCCUGUCAGGCCACUAAUGGAAUAGGAAUGGGCUUAAAUAAAAUUAUUUACAUCACUGUUCAUGUGCCUGCCACAUUUUCCUCUCCGGUGCAGAAUGUGACAGUGGUUAAAGCUGGUGUUGCCACAUUGGAUUGUGUUGCAAAGGGAGACAAACCAAUUUCUAUUAACUGGUUUUUACAAGGACAGCCAUUUGAUCCAGCACAACACCCUAGAGCAGAAGUAAGUGAAGAGAGUCUGGAAUUCGGAGUCCAUUCAAGGCUCCUAAUAAAGAAUGUCAACAGAGAUGAUUCCUCCUCUUUCAUAUGUCAAGCUACAAACCACUUUGGAAGUGACCGUUCUGACUUCCAUCUCAUAGUCCAGGAAACUCCAGGGCCUCCCACUAACAUGCAUGUGACUGGUCACACGAGCAGAUCUGUUAACCUCACGUGGGACCAUUCAUAUGAUGGAAACAGCCCUGUAUCUGUAUACAUUAUACAGUAUAAAAGCACAAUGGACUCUGGGAAGGUUCUUGAUGUUCAGGUUGAAACUGAAGUCAUUUGUGAUGUUUUAGGCCUUCCAGAAAAAGAGAUGGUCGAUUGUGUCAAUGGAGAUUAA